UUCCCUUCUCGCGCGUUUUCCCCUCCUGCUCCAGUAUUCACCGAAAACAGUGUAGAGGAGCAGGAGGUAGAAUCCAUCAUAGACCACCAACGUCGGGGUCGCGGCUACCGCUUCCUCGUUCAUUGGCGAGGCUUCCCCUCUUCACAUGAUUCAUGGCUGCCCGGUGCUGAA